GACUCUAUCCGCACAUGCUGUAAAAGCUCCUACAUCCUGGUACUUUCAGCGUUGUUAAGGCACCGACCGAUCGAAAGAAAGGUCCAACGGGAAGAGACUGCAGUGUCCUGAGACCGAGCUUAAAGAAAGUUAUGUGUCACAACCAGGUCACCUACUCUUGGUUUUUCUGAAAAAUGGACUGUAUGCCUCAAGCACUGCAUGCAAAAUCAAUCUAAACUGAAAGACCUUGAGCUUCGCCUAAAUGAAAGAUGUGACCCCACAGAAAUCCCAUUUAGAGCAGGUUAUGCCCUGCCUAAGAAGACGUAAUCCAGCGGUUGAUAACCAAUCAGCAGCCAUGUCAUGCAAGACUUUCUCUAAACGUCGUUAUAAACCAGCAGCAGAGUUUGAUGAUGUCACUCUCGCCCGCAAAAGGGAGUAUUGGAGGAGCAAGAAAAGAGAGCAGAGGGCAAGAAAGUCAUCUGCCAAAAAAAAGAUCAGAAAUGAAAAUCUGGGGUUGUGCAUGUCCUCUGUUAGUGAUGAACCCUCCUUGCAGAUUCACAAAGUCGACAAUGAUCCCACUCUACAUAAUCAUGAACUUGGAGAUACUGAUGCUCCUAGAAACUCUUCCAGCUCAGGUCUAUCGGAAUCUGAGUGUAAUGCUACUAUGGUGCCAUGCCAAAAAGAGAAAUGGUUUGAAAAGACUAAGCUCACACAUGUCUUACCUAAAUUCCCAGAAACAAGCACAAAUUCCCUGAAGGGUGUAAUGGGCAAUACAAAAAUAAAGUCCUCAGUUACAGCGUCAUCAAACACAGAUGCUAAAACAGUUGAGUCUCUCUGUCCAAUAGGCUACUCAGGGUCUACAACAUGCAUCGAGCUACAUCCAAACAGCAUUCGUACUCAAAAAACUAAAACAAGCAUGAUAUCUCUUAAUGGUAAACAAUUAGCAGCAUCUCCACAAAGCCAUUUACCCAUGGUUUUACCAGUGCACAACAACCAAAAUAAGCCUCAGAACUGUCUCAGACCCUUGACCUCUGCAGAAUGUAAGGUUCUUAAAGAGCAGAGUUGCGUUCGCAGUCACAUCUCUAGGAGAAGAACAUGUGCCUUUGCUUCAAAGCACAACACCAGAGUGGCUAUGACUGAAGAAGAGAUAGCUGCUAAGCGUAGAGAGAACUGGCGCAUCAAAAAGCGAGAACAGAGAGCAAAGCGUGCUGCAAAGCUGGCACGGGACAGAGAAAGGAGUCUCGGACAAAGACAAUCUUCAUGUAUCGUGAAUGUUUCGUCUCCUGCUAACAGUAUGGCCUUGAGAGGAAUCAACCUCAACUCAGUGAAUCCCAAAUGCUUCAAUCAACAGUCAUUUGGAGCUAAAUUUAAUGGUUCUCGGACACAACUACAUGUUCAGGACACAAAACCAAACCAUACAGCUUCAUCCUCUGGUAUUUUGCAACCAUCCUCGAGUACUACCCAAGCUCCCAACAACUCCAAAGUGCCCCAUUUUGUACAUACUCAAAAGAGAAUUUGUCAAAAGCCAACAAGGAACUCUUUCUUUGGCGCUUCCAAAGUCGAGUCUCCCGAGGAUCGGCACGCCAGACAGAAGGAGUACUGGCGAAUUAAAAAGCGUGAGCAGAGAGCAAGGCUGUCUACAGCGAUGAAGGCACGAUUGAAGGAACAAGGUGCACUUAAGCAUCAUGGAAGACGCUGCCACAACAGUUUCAAUCAGUUGCGUGGGGCUCAAGUGAGCAGAGCAGGUGCAUUUGCCAGUUCCUCUGGCACAAUUGGUGGUUUUAUCCAAGAAGAUGGCACUAUGACGGUCUCCACUUUGAAGACAACAUCGGAGUCUUCUCUACCUGUAAGUCACGACUUUUCUAAUGCGAAAUGCAUCGGAAAGGUAAGACUCCAAGUUCAAGUAAGUUCGCCCCGAUAUUCAGAUGCUCAUCCAGUCACAAAGCUAGUUUCCACUCCAUGCAAUGUUUCCAGGGCUAAUCAAAACUCUCUGGUAAAGUCUAGCUUAGACAGAGGUGCAGUUAUGGGUAGUAUGACAGUCACCAUUCAGUCCGAAACAGAAGAAGAAAGGAUCGCUCGUUUGAGGGAGUACUGGAGGAUAAAGAAACGAGAGCAAAGGGCUAGUCGGGCUGCCCGGCUAGGAAAUGGUCUGCUUAGGUCGAAGGUUUCGGUGUUAAAGCAGAGAGAGCACAACAAGAAGUCCAACAAAAGGGACAGUAUUACUUCAUCCAUUACCAAAACAGUUUGUGACUCUUCAACCAGUGCCCUAACCCCCAAAAAAGAACACAUCAGUCCUCCUAUACACGGUGUAUUUUCCAUCCCAGAAAUUUCUCCCUGUGUCAAAGAUGGCAAAACGUCACCCUGUCCAUCCUUAGAGUCACACAUUGGACCUCCAGCAGCUGCGAACCAUCAUGCCACCACUCUUCAGGCUGUGGCCUCCAUGAAAAAGCUUCUGGAGGAAUCAGUUUGCACACCGGAAGACAAUAAUGCCACUGAAAUGCAUAUUAAGUGUGAAAAUGAGCCUCUUCGGCUAAAUGAAGAUGACCUUCUUAAAACUGAAAAUGCAAAGCCAAAUAUUUAUUUACAACAAAACGUCGUAUUUGAGUGUGACGUCUCAGAGGAUGCAAGCCUUACAGAUAUCAAAUUGAGUCCUCAACCAUUAACCUUACAGGAGACUAGCCAUCAAAUGUCUUAUAACUUCUGCCAAGGCGCUGCAGAUGGAAGUCAUGCCCUUUCUCUAGUGGCUGUGCAACCUCAGUGCAGAAACACCCAGACGUUCAGUGAUGAUGGAGCAGAUCCCAAGCAGUCCUACCUUUCACAGGCCUCGCAAAAUCAGAAGCUUGGUGAGAGCGAUGAGCUUCAACGAAAGCGAGAGUAUUGGAGGUUAAUGAAGAGACAACAGCGGGCCAGAAAAGCCAACAAAGAUGCAGCCAAAAAUGCAGUUCUUCGCAAACUGGCUCCACAGACUCCCAAGAAAAAAACACCUAGCACAACUCCACUGCUAGCCAUGUCCCAGGACACUUCCACAUGCAGACAGAUCCCCAUUCAGAAGUCAAGAAGAAGGUGCACCAAAUCUGCAGGUCCACAGACACAGCCUACAGAUAAAUCAAGAACUCACAGAAGCCAGAUAGUGGUAAAACCAAAUCCACAAAAUGAUCCACAGGAGGUUAUACGUAGAAGACGCAUGCAAUGGAGGAUCAAGAAACAGGAGCAGAGAGCAAGAAAGGCAGCAAAUGUAAGAAAGCUUCGGAAGGCAAAACUCCCUCCACAAGGCCAGGCAUCGGGUCAGAACACCACCAGUUUCGGAUCUGCAGUUGUUCAGAGCAUAGCAUCAGAAGACCAACUAGGCUACUUAGCUGAGCCAUGUCAAACUGCACUCAAAGAGGAGUCAAGCGUUGCACCAAACCAUGCAAUGGAAGGACCUUUAUCACAGGCCGAGUGGAGAAACAUCUACCUCAUGGACUCUGAUCCUGUCAACCCGUUGUUGGUGUGUAUGGUUUGUGGAGAGCAGCAGUACUCCCUCAGUUUGGACGGGGCGAAGACUCACAUUGAGGAGGUGCAUCCUAAUACACUAUCAUUGGGAGAACUUGAACGUCAAGGCAUUCUGGAUGCCUGGGAUAAACAGGUGGCUGUCCGCGAGCACUUCAUCACACACCAGCUUCAACAGCGAUGCUGAGGUCCUACAUGUAACAGGGAGAUCUACAUUCAGUCUGGCUUAGGAAAUAAGUAAUAAUUCAUUUUAUGAUU